GGGCUGAUUCAGCAGGAAGCAGCCCAGGCAACAACCACCAUGCUUCGAGCAGUGACUUGGGUUCACCGAGGCCUAUUUCAUUUCUGCACUGGGGUUUCUGUGAGGAUGACCAGCAGUGGGAUAGAUCAGAACGGUGUCUUGGCCAACCGGGUAGCUGUGGUCACCGGUUCCACCAACGGGAUUGGCCUGGCUAUCGCCCGGCGUCUGGCCCAGGACGGGGCCCACGUGAUCAUCAGCAGCCGGAAGCAGCAGAACGUAGACCGGGCUGUGGCAGCACUGCAGGGGGAAGGGCUGAGUGUGACGGGCACUGUGUGCCACGUGGGGAAGGCCGACGAUCGGGAGCGGCUGGUGGCCAAGGCCCUGGAACACCGUGGGGUCAUUGAUUUCCUGGUAUGCAACGCAGGAGUCAACCCUUUGGUGGGGAGCACACUGGGGGCCAGUGAGCAGGUCUGGGACAAGAUCCUGAGUGUGAACGUGAAGUCCCCAGCCCUGCUGUUGAGCCGGCUGCUGCCCUAUAUGGAGAAGAGGAAGGGUGCUGUCAUCCUGGUUUCUUCCAUUUCAGCUUAUAUGCCAUAUGUGGAGCUAGGUGCAUAUAAUGUCAGCAAGACAGCCCUACUGGGCCUCACCAGAACGCUGGCACUGGAGCUGGCCCCCAAAGACAUCCGGGUGAACUGCCUGGUUCCAGGAUUAAUCAAGACAGACUUCAGCAAAGUGUUACAUAAGAAUGAGCCUUUCUGGAAUGACUUCAAGGAAAGCCAGCGGCUGCACAGGAUUGGGCAGCCUGAGGACUGUGCAGGACUCGUGUCCUUCCUGUGCUCUCCAGACGCCAGCUACAUCACCGGGGAGAACAUCGUGGUGGCUGGCUUCUCCCCUCGACUCUGAGGGGGAUGGGUGGCUGUCCAGCUGUGGCUCUGGGCUCAGGAGCCUGAGGAGGGUGGCUAGGAGAUCAUUUGGAUCUGGGGGCAGAGUCU